UUUUUUUUAAAUCGGUAUAAACAUACAUAACACUGGCACUUCAAGGGACGGGUCCUUUGCUAUUUUAAGAAGUUGAGAGCCUACAUAUAGAGGUCCGAUCAGCACCAAGACCGAGUGACAAGCAAGAAGAAACUUCAAGAAAGUAACUUGUAUGGUUAGAUCUUGAUUUGGCUUUUUUAGUGGUACAUGUGUCUAAAAAGAUCGAACUUCUUCCAAAUUGAGAGAAAUACUGCGCAGUAGAUACACGUAUCAUAUGCUACUUGUUUCGCAAUAUUUCAAACUAGGUUGGAAAAUGGAAAUGCAACAUACUUACGUGAUACAAAUAUAUACCCGGGUCAUUAAACAAUUGUAAAGGAGAUACGGGUUUAAAAGCUCUGACUGCAUGUAGUCCCAUUGUAAUCUGGCCUUGUCAGCGGACAGUGAGUUACCUCUGGCCUCGGAACAACAGUGCUAGCUUUUGUAGUGAAUGAUAUGAGACUGUUGGACUAGGAAACAGAAGCAAUAAGGUACAUAUAUUCAAGAGGCCGGCCAUAUUUUACUCAGAAUGAAUUUUCAUAUUUUGGAAGCCAUUGUACUGUUCGCCAUUCCUUACAUGGGCCGAGCUUUGACCCCAUUCUGCUAUCCAGGGGACCCCUGUUUUCCCAAAACAACUACCAUCAAUGCAUUUGCAGCCUCUCUUCCUAACGGGUUUGUAGUGUUUCCCGCAGACACACAAACCUACCCCACUGUGACAAGAAUGCGAAAUCUUGUCAGAACCAGUUAUCCUUUCCCCGUUGUGAUGGCCAAGUCACGUGAGGAUGUCAAGGACACAGUAGCCUUUGCCAGGAAAUAUAACCUCCAUUUGACAGUCUAUGGCACUGGCCACGAUUUCAAUGGACGUUCCACUGGGAACAAUACAUUUCAGUUGAACUUAAGUCUGAUGAAAGACAGGGUAGUUGAUCUUAAUUCCUGGAGACAUGAAAACGGAACGAUAUCUGUAGGACCAGGAAACACGUGGAUAGAAGUGUACAGAGAGGUGGACAAGUAUGGGAGAGUCAUUGUUGGAGGUAGCACCCACACAGUAGGGAUGGCGGGCUAUACACUCGGGGGAGGACACAGUCCAAUCUGUCGAUACUACGGAAUGGCCAUUGAUAAUUUACUGGAGGUAGAAAUGGUCAUGGCAGACGGAAGAAUCGUCACGGCCACACAAGAGUACGUCCACACACUCUACAACAAUGGAAGCACCUCUAACGUCAGUGAUGCGAAUUUCUUCUGGGCAGUGGCAGGUGGUGGGGGUGGUACUUUUGGUAUCUCCACCCGACUGUUAUUCAAGCUCCAUCAACCUCCAGAGAAGGUUAUCAAAGUUAUCAUCAUUUAUCCGAUAUAUACUUUUUUUAAGGAGGAUGUCUUCUCGCAGGUGUCCAAAAAGAUUGAGUUACUGUUUACCAACAAUUUGCCAAAUGAAUGGGGAGGGUACUUGCUGUUUGAUGGAACAGUUGAUGCGUACCUUUCACGUGGACAUGUAACAUUUGUGCUGAAUCAUUUAGGUCCAAAUACUACGGCAUCCUACGAGUAUCUGCGAGAGCUCAUAGACUUCCUUCCAGACAAGAGAUAUUUUAGUUACGAGGAGUACGAUACAUUCUUGGGAUACGAGGAGACAAUAACCGAACAAUAUCCUUAUUAUCUGACCUUUAUAUUCAAUUCCCUGAUUCCCACCACUAGCUUUACGUCAACAGAUUUCUUUGAAUUUUUACGCUCGGCAGUUCUCAGUAAACCUACGGAAAACUCUGUAGUCUCUUUCACAGCUACCUUAAUUGGUGGGAAAAUGCGUGAGAUUGGAUCAAAUGACACCUCCGUACACCCUGGAUUUAGGAAGACUCUCUUUUCAAUGUCUGGCGGUGUUUCAUUCGGUGAGGCCGGGAUACCUGAGGCAACAACACUCUUCGUAAAAACUAUGGAACUUAAUGACAAAUUUGCACAGUAUGGUGACGGAAUGUACCCGAACGAAGCCGCACAGGCAACCCCAGAUUGGCAAUCCCACUUCUGGGGAUCGAACUACAAUCGACUGUACCAGGUCAAACUCCGGGAGGACCCCGACGAUUUCUUCACAUGUGACCAGUGUGUGGGGUCAGAGGCGAGACAGACUUCCGUUGCCACAAAACCAGCAAGCUUCUCUUUAUUAUCGGUCAUCUUAUUUUGUAUUGUCAGUUUCUAUAGCAAAUCUUAUUGAUGAAUUGAAACUAUCAACCAAUGAAGGAAAGAACCACCGAAUCGUAUGAAUUGAACAUAUUUUAUUGAUUAAAUCAAAUGGAUUUGACAGAAGUUCUAGAAACUUAGGUAGUCUUCUCCCAGUUGGUUAUCUUCGUUGUGUACAGAAACAAAUAUUUCACUUGUAUUCUUUAUAACAGAAACAAUUAAUAGUGCAAUAUCUUCCA